AUGAGGAGCGAACUGGCGCAAUUCUUGUCGCAGCAUUACAAUUCUGUAAAGUUGGCCCAUCCAAACGAAGGCCGCAGGAAAUGGAAGUUACGCGUCCUUGAAAAUUUUUGGGCAAGCAACCCGGCUCCUCCCUCAGAUUCUGACAGUUUUAGGGAUGAAGAACUGUCUAACGAAGAUGAAGACCCAUUCGACUCGGUGAUAGAGAAUGUUGCUGGGGGUGUGGUGAUCCGAACAGAUUUCUCUGAUGAGGAUUCCUGGCGGUCGAUCCAUGAAAAAUUAAAAGAAGCUGAGAAGGAGAUAACUGGAAACGAUAAUCCGAAGUCAAACAAUGACACAACUACAAUGGACGAGAACAACACCGACGCCGACAUGAAAGAAGAGGACGAAGAGGAAGAAGGCGAGGACGGAAAGCUCAUCAAAACGAUCAACCCAGAAUCGCCCAAUGAACGGGCACUCUUUGAAAACAUUUCAAACCUCACCGCACUUAGACUUUUCAAUGAUGUGGAUAUUCGACCAUCUCCUUCUCUUCAUCCAGACGCGAGGCGUAUUUCUCCUCCUCAUAGACUCAUCGACCAAUCGGGCUGGCAGGAAAUCUAUACAGGGGUUGACAUUUGGGUUUACGAUACAAAAUCCAAUGCUGAUAGUUCGGUCAGACUUGUGAGUCUACAGGGAGAUGUUUAUGGUACUGCAACGGGAGAUAGUUGGCGUGCGCAGGCAUCCCACAUCUACGACCUCCAGUUCAACAUGCUCACUGGAAUGAAAAUCAAUUUUGGGGGUAUGGAUCGUUGGGAUUAUAGCGAAAGAAAACGGAAUCUGGACGAAGCCGUGAUUCCUGUCGUUUAA